AUGUUAUUCUAUUCAUUUUUCAAAUCCCUCGUUGGCAAAGAGGUGGUCAUUGAAUUGAAAAACGAUCUUUCCAUCGCUGGAAUACUACACAGCGUUGAUCAAUACUUAAAUGUUAAAUUAACAGAAGUGCAAGUGCUUGAUCCGGAAAAGUAUCCUCAUAUACAAUCGGUUACAUCGGCAUUCGUUCGUGGUUCGGUCAUUCGUUACAUUCAAUUACCACCGGACGACGUCGAUACGCAAUUGCUGCAAGAAGCAACACGAAAAGAAGUCACACAACCACGAAAAGAAUAA